CUUCCCCACUCCCCUUCCUCCCUACACAAGGUGCCUCCCUUCCUUCAGUCACGUUGUUUCUACUGGCCCUCAAUCUCCCUCCUCUUCCCUGGCUCUCUGAUUUCUGCUGAAGUUCAACAAGCUUUGAAACGAAGAAGUUUUUGCUGCAAAAUACUCCAAGAAGUGAAAAAGUUGUCGAAGGAAUAGCUUGCAAAUAGCUGGUUACGGGAUCGACUUGACAAUGAACUCGUCAGCCACGAUGCAACAAGGCAGCCAUUGCGAUUCCAAUCCAGACCUAGAGCAAAGGGCGAAUAACUUCUUGCACCUGUGCCUCAAAAUGUGCCAAGGAGAUAGAGACAUAGAGGAACGAACGAUCCUGAGAUGCCGCUCAGAGGGAAGCAACCAGCCGCAGCUGGCAAGAAACAUUCCCUUCUGUGAGUCGAGGACAGCUUCCGCACCAGCCUCAACCAACUCCAACGGGAAGAAGAAAGUUAGAUUCUUCAACGAGGUUGAUGCCUGCCCUAUACUUCUGCCUCCUCCAUGAUCCCUUGUCCUUGCUCACUUGUACCUCCUUCUUGCUUCGCUCACAAAAAGUGUCACAGGAAGGCGAUGAGCAGCACAAGGGGAAUAUUCAUCUGAUCUACACGGAGAGCAAGAAGUUCAAAAUGUUCAGAACCAUCCCAGACGAGCAGAUCAAGGCAUGCGUAUCAAGGAUGACCACCAAGUGCUUUCGGGCUGGAGAGAUGGUGAUAAAGAGCGGCACUUUCGGAGCUUCACUGUUCCUCGUCGACUAUGGACGAGCUGCCGCUUACGUUGACGGCAUGGAAGUCGGAAAGAUCGGCAGAGGAGACGUGUUUGGAGAGAUGUCUUUCCUGGGAGCUCUGGAGUGCUACAUCAAAAACGACAAGAUCGUCCAACCAAGAAGAAGUGCAGAUGUCAUCUGUGAGACUAGCUGCCGCCUGCUCGAGUUCAGCGUGGAGGACCUUGUGGAGGCUCUCAAGGACGACAGAAGAAGCAAACAUGAUCUCACCCUGUGCGCUGUUGCCCCUGUGCUCUCCAAGUUAUCUCUGACCUGUUCCACGCAGCUCCCUCUUGCAAACUGCCACCAUCCGACGCGGAAGGUGUCUGGUUCUUCGAAAUCAGAAGAUCUUCGACGUUGAGAGUAUGAGGAACCUCUAGACGUGUGUACCCUAUCCUGGCAGCGAACGGGGAUAGAUGAUAGUGUUACAAUUAGCGUGUAUGUUUGUGUGUCCUCACUAGGAACUCUCUGGUUAUCUAGCUUUCGUCUGUAAAUACAUUUGACUCAAUCC